CACCAGGUCACCCAGUGUAAAAUCGAGAAAGUGAAACUCACCAGCUCCAGGGAAACCUCCUUCCCGAGGUCAUUAAAUGCGAAAUCAGGGUUUACCGGAGAGUGAGAGUGAUCCAGAGGUGACUGGACUCUCCAGCUUUCUCAAAACGUCAAGUUCAAUCGAGAAUUACGCAAGAGCCCCAACAAAAUUCACCAACUCCUUGAAAAAAUAAAAUGCUCAAUCAGCGAUCAAUGUACCAUCCCAAAAAAUCAUUUAUCUCCCUUCAUCGGAUCACUAUCAACCGAGAAAAAUGCCGGAGUAGGUAACACCAGAGAAUUGGAUCAAAGAUAGAGUGAGUGACCAGCGAUAUUUCACGAAUGAUAAGAUACGAGGUACAAUGUAUCAAAAAUUAAUCGAUGGGCUACUUCGUAAAACUUCGUAAACGUUUGCAGUCCUUCCUCAAAUCUACAUCAUCCAGCCAUGAUUCUGUGGAUUGGAAUUGUUCUGGUAGCCCUUGGCGCUAAAAUUCAGAGUCUCGACGCGAUCGAUCCAGAAAUCAAUGAUGAAAAUCUCUCGGUGAUGAACCAAAUAACCCAAGUGGAUCUCAACAAUUUGUUCGACAAGUCACUCCCCCUGAUCCAGAAGAUGAUCAUCAAAGGGGGACUGGACCCCCUCAACAUGCCAGAUCAGAUCCUCUCCAUCAGCGAUAUACCAGGACUGAACCCAAUGAUUCAUCUACAACGGGGAUGGGUCCAGGAGACUGAAACAAUCAAAAGAAGUGGUGACGUUAUCGUUCGUUACGGUGGCAAAGUGAUAGAAUUCGAUGCAGCUCUUGGUUGGAACCACUUGGACGCGACGUACACCUACACCUUGCGGUAUUUCCUCUUCACUCGAAAGGGUACUUUCAACGGGCGCUUCGAUGACGUCAAAGUCCAACUCCUCGGCUCCUUCGACCUCAACACCCGCAAGAUCAAUCUCCGGUUCUUCAAAAUCACAGGAAUCGGGGGUUUUUCACUCAAGAUUCAUGGCCAUCUGCUCGAUCACGUCCUCAAUGCCUUCACUAAGGUCGUCACCAUCUUCUCCAGGGAUUUGGUAGUCCGGGAGAUUGAGUACAGGUUUGAAUUAGCUCUUCAGGAUAAGAUCAAGGAGGUCAACGAUCUGAUUCCGGAGCCUUACAGCUUCUUUGAAGAACUACUCUGGAAUUAUGAAACCGAUUCAAUUGAUUUAUCCAUGGAUCACUUUAAAUAAUAAUACAAUAAUUCGUUAAUAAAAUACACAAAAUAAA